UCUGGCAAAUUAUGUCCUCAAAGUGAAAUUAAUCCAGUGUCAGAAUUCAAGCCAAUUAUGAUGAAGAUGGAAAAAGCUAGUCCUGCCAGCUAUCAUCUGCAACAGUUUGAUUUCUGCUCAUACAGAAAUCAGUCUCUUUCACAUUCAUGGCAAGAGAAAUUUCACAACAGAGGAUGCAGUUCUGUGGCCGUCAGGCCAUCGGUUAUAAAGACAGAGGAAGCUGUUUCCUAUUGUAUAACGGGAAAAGUAAGCCCUCCUUCAAAUUUCAAAAUCACCUCAAGAGAUCACCUCCCUGCAUUCCAACGAAGACCACUUCCAGAUUACUUUUUCUCCUGCGAUAUUUGUGGGAAGAAAUACAAAUAUAUGUCCAGUUUCUGGAAGCACAUCGAAGACCAUAAAAACUUUGUUGUUGAUGGAACAAUUUCAGAUCAUGGCUGGAAUCAAAUAACUGGAUUGCAGCUGACAGAAAAACAAGCUGAUAAUACUGAACAGUUGUUUGGAAAAGCUAUAAUUGACGACCAACAUUAUAAUUCUCAACCUGUAAGAGAUGACAACCAGCGAGUGCAGACUGCCAACAGUCAGUUCAGUAAUAACUGUCAAUUAUGUGGAGUGAUCUUUUCACGAAAGAGUGGCUUGGCAGACCAUAUUCAAUUUGUACAUGAAAGGUAUAAGCCUCAUGUAUGUACACUCUGUGAUCAGAAGUUUCGACGAUCAUCAGAACUCAAAAGACAUGUUGAACGGCGCCAUGACAUUUCCAAUCCCACAGCAGCAUCUCAUGAAAGAACAACCUGCGUGAAUGAAACAGCUAGAGGCAUGCCUGUGAGUGUCACGUCUCAUGAUGAAGUGAAAUUUGUGCAAGAUGCUAUCAAUCAGGUUAACACUGCCAGAAUUAUGACUGUGAGAAACAAAAAGGCAAUCAAAAGACCUAAGAGCAUGCACAAAUGCAGCCUUUGUGGGAACAAGUACUUAUAUUAUUCUACUCUUUGGAAACACAGGCUGAUGCAUGGAGGGAAAAGGAAACAUUUCUGUCUAUUGUGUGGAUCAGUCUUUUUCAAGUCAAUACAUCUUCAGGCCUUUAAGUUCAAGUGUCCUCACUGUGAAAAAGGUUUCAAUCGAACUAUUGAUGCUCAAAAGCUCAUCAUUAUUCGGCAUACAGAUUUGAAGAACUUCAUUUGUCGAAUUUGUAAUAGAAACACAGAGACGGCUUCUGCACUGCAGAAUCACAUCAAAAAGUAUCAUUCCCCUACCAGGACAGAUCCUCCAAAGUUGGCGUCAGAAGGAAAUUGCUUUGGCAGUCUUCAGCAUUGACUCUGGACCCCACUAACACUCAUGGCAUUAACUCAAACAUGGGCAAGAAAACCUACCAAUCACCACUUAACUGUUUUCCUUGAAUUGAUAAAUCCUCAUGUUCAACACACUUGUAGGAAGGAGAAGGUGAAAGAACACGAUGUACAGUAAGAGACUUCAAUGUUCAUGAUGUAACAUGGCUCAGCAGUACCACAAGUAGCUAAGCUGUCCAAGUCAUAAAGGGUAAAUCUGCCAGACUGGACCUCAUGGCAGGUGGAAAAGGGGACUAACAAGUAUUAAACACCUGCUCAGCCUUGUCCCCACCAAUCAACCCUGUUACAGAUUCAUCAGUCCAUGACAGUAUAUUGGUGGGAGUAACUCCUCGUGGAAGCUACGUCCCAUCUUCAGGCCAAAAAUACCCUUUGUUGUGGUGUGCAACAUUACUAAUACACAACAUGGGAUGAAAUCAGAAGAUAGAGUAGCUAAAAUUGGACACGUAAUAAGGCACUAUGGGCCAUCAGCAUCAUAAUUACAUUCAGCCACAAUCUGUAACCUCAUGGCCCAUCAAGCAAGGCGAUCAACCCUAGUUCAAAGAAGAAUGCAGGAAGGCAUGCCAGGAGCAUCACCAAGCAUACUUAAAAAUGAGGUGCCUUUCCUGUUGAAGUUACAGCACAGGACUACUUGCUGCCAGUUAGCAGAGACAACAUGCAACAGAGUCGAGCGAUCCUGCAAACAAUGGUGUAGUUCAAAGCUCUGCAGUCCGUCGAGUCCAGUUGUGAAUGGCAAGGAACAACUAACAGGAGGCAGAGUUUCCACAUAUACCACCACCCUGCGCAGUGGUGAGAAAAACUGAAGUAUUUGCAAUUACCUUUAGCCAGAAUGCAUCUCUCCCCACCCCUGAGGUCACUAGCAUUACAGUUGGCAGUCUUAGGCAGUUCAGUUCACUCUACAUGAUAAGGGGAAAUUGACUAAAUUAUCUUAGCGGUCAAAGCAUGAGGAAUUAAACUGGAUUGAAAUAUUGAUUAUGGGCCUGGCUGUGAAUACCAAUGCACCGUUCAAAAUUAGUCUUAAGAUCAAUUUAUCUUUUCAUCAAUAAUCUUGAUGCCUUUUCACCUCCUGUUUUAGUUAUUUUAAACAUUUUUUAAAAAUUAAAAGGUAUUUCAUGCUAAAACUAAAAUUUGAGCCAAAAUUGCAUUGAAAUGCAUCAGGGAUGAAAUUUACAUGCAGCUGUUCCAGCCAGUCUUCAUCCCAAACAUAUGUUUGCCUCUACAAGCAAGCAUUUGAGCAUGAUCCCUCUAAAGCCCUGUUUUUGGCAGGGAGGUUUAUUUGUUCACUACAGCUGACCAGUAAUACCUAACAAUUUUUCUCUAAAUUCCAAACUUAAAACAUUUCUGGUUACGUUGCUGAUCUCUCAUGAGCUUGACCUCUUCUCUCUCGAAGGUUUCUACGUUAAGUAGUUGGCUGCAUUUUCCCUUGGCUAUGCUACUCUUGUAGCUCAACAGUGUCUAAUCCGGUGGUUGUUGCUUUCAGUGAGGGAUCUCUUGUUUGCAAACUGUGUGGAUGUGGAUCAAAUCUGCUGCCUAGUCCUACCCAGAGACAAGUGAAAAUGAUCAAACGUGCACUAGUUCAACCUUUUUGUGGGUUUGAAGUUCUUAAAUAAUGCUCAUUCCUAAUUUGUUGAGAGAUCAGGGGCAGCUUGUACCCGUCUUUCCUAUUUAACCAGUUUUUCUUUUCUGGUUCCUAAUGCUGACUAAUCCUUCACUGGAUGACCAUUCCUAUUUACACAGGUCUCUUGCUACUCAAUUUUUGGAACAUCAAUCUUCUGAACGUUUGAGACGAGCCCAACUUUGUCCUUGACUUUGAAAGUGAAAAAAAAUCUGGAUCCAUUUCUAAAAUUGGGGCCAGUAUUACAAGAAAAGAACAUUUUCUCUACUCAGUCAUUAAUCACAAGCUAUUCCAACACUUCGGCUACUUAGCCUGGAGCACCCCCUUCACCGCCCCCACCCCACCAAAAGAAUACAAUAAAAGUGAGAAUAAAGUGCAAUCUGAAAUUUCUGCCAUUUAAAAUAAUGAAAAAAAGUAAUGGUAUCAGCAUUUUAUGUAACAAGUUUAUAAAUGUGCUCAUAAAUAUUAGCAGUUAUCAGUUGGUCCCAACUAGACUAAUUCAUUACCAAAACUGGCAGUUGCUGUAAUUUAAAAUUGAUAUUUCACAUAAUAAUUCACUCAUUUGGUUGUAUAGCAUUGUUCUCUAAGUUUUCAGUUUAGUUCAUUAUUGGUAUUAGAACCCAGUGAUUUUUUUAAUUCUCAAUUUCGGUUUGACACUAUGAAAUGGGAACUGUUAGCUGAAAACAACUUGUAGACUUUGAAACAGCUUGUGAUAAAAGGCGCAAAAAACAGACCAAACAAGGUUUCUUCGUUUGAGAGGACAGGUGUGGAGUCUAAUUGGAGGCUGAGCCUUGAUUAAAAGGAUUCCGACAAACAUAGUGAUGCCGGUCCAGCAUUGCAUUUAAACAGAUAGAGAUUAGCUAAUGACAAAGUCAGUACUUGAAAAUGUUUCCAGGAAAUCUGGAAGAGACACAAGGAGAUGGCGGUCAGGGUGGAACAAGUUUUUUUAAAAAAUGUUUUCAGAGGAAACAAUUGUAUCAGAGAUAAUAGGAACUGCAGAUGCUGGAGAAUCCGAGAUAACAAGAUGUAGAACUGGAUAAACACAGAAGGACAAACAGCGUCUUAGGACCAGGAAAGCUGAUGUUUCAGGCCUAGACAUCAAAUCAGAAAAGGGCUUUUUUUUUCAUAGAAGCAGGAAGUGCGGAGUUGGGGAACGAUGAGGUUGGAGAUGGUGGGUGGAAGGUCACCUGAGGUGAUGAGGUUGUGGAUGGUUUGGGAGAUGAUGGUGUCAUGAUCCAGGGGAUUGUGGGAGGUGGUGGUGGAGAGUUGGCGUCUGGCCUCAGCGAUGUAGAAGUCAGUGCGCCAUACUACAGCUACGCCUCCCUUGUCUGCGGGUUUUAUGGUGAGGUUGGGAUUGGAGUGGAGGGCUGCACUUUCAGCAAAGUGUGCAGAAGACACUGAAAGUCUGCAGAGGGAUGUAGAUAGUCUAAUUGAGUAGGCAAAUGUCUGGCACAUGGAGUACACUGUUGAUAAGUGUGAGGUCAUCCAUUUUAGUAGGAAUAACAGCAAAAUGGACUAUAUUUUAAACAGUAAAAAUUUGCAGCAUGCUGCUGUGCAGAGGGACUUGGGUGCCCUUGUGCAUGAAUCGCUACAAGUAGGAUUGCAAGCGCAGCAGGUAAUUAAAAAGACAAAUGGAAUUUUGUCUGCAGUUGCUAGAGGGAUGGAGUUUAAAAACAGGAUGCCAUGCUGCAGCUGUAGAGAGUCCUGGUGAGGCCACACCUGGAGCACUGUGUGCAGUUUUGGUCUCCUUACUUGAGAAGGGGUAUACUAGCACUGGAGGGGGUGCAGAGGAGAUUCACUCGGUUGAUUCCAGAAUUGAGAGUGUGUUGGAUUAUGAGGAGAGACUGAGUAGACUGGGCUUAUACUCUGAUAUCUGUGUCGGUGUCUUGAAUUUUCCAUUUUCACUGUUCCACCUUUAGUGGUCAAUCUUCUGGUUGCCUAAUCCUCAGCUUUGGUAUCUUCCCUAAGCAUGUCUGCCUCUGCCUGACUCCUCCUUAAAGCCUACCUCAUUGAACAAGCUUUUGGUCAUCUUUUCAUGUAUAGUUUCUUCAGUGAAGUAAGUACCUUUGGACAUGUUAUGAUGUUAAAGGCACUGUUGUAAAAUAGAGACUGUGCUGAAGCUAUCAGAUUGGCUUUGUUUUUGAACUCAAAACACAUAAAUGAUUUGUUACGACAAUUAUAGCUAUCAUUACUUCACAGAACUUAAUGAAUGAUGAAAAAUAAUACUUCAGUUAAAAGCUGUGCAGCAGAAUAUUCCAAAUCAUGUGAUUAGAAUACCAAGCUCUACAAACCUACAACAUUUUAUGUCGAAGACUUUUACUAUUCAUUAUGCACUUACGGAGGGAAGAAUAUUAAUUCCUUAUUAAUGUGUAAUAUGCUGAUAGUGUGGUAAAGCAGUUACAGAUUUGUGGACAGGUAUUAAAGUGUUUUGCUGACGAUCCAUAUUGCACAGCAUGGCAAACCUACAUUUCUGGACUAAGAUUAUAAAUACCUACUACCAUAAGAAAAAGGGAGGAUGGCAUCUGAAGACAAUAUAAAAAUUAAAAAUAUUUUGACAAUUUUCACAUUGAUUUUUAAAAAUUUUUUAAAAAAGGUGUUAAAAGUUUUCUUUUGUAUUUAAAGAUGAAAAAUGCUUGUUGUGUAAUAUUAGGAACAGAGUCUGGUCUUUUUUGUAUACCUGAAUACUGUUCAUGAAAAAAAAUAUUUUGGGCCUACGGCUCAUUAAUUUCAGAGGUAAAAUAAGAUAUAAGAACUUCAAAGUGGAGUUGAAAAGCUUAUAGAUUUCACUCUGCUCUCACCCUCAUCUGCUCCAUCUGACUCCUCCCUUCCCUCCUUGACAUUUGUUUCCAUUUCUAGGGAUAGAAUAUCCAGUAUAAAUUCAUUGACUCCCAGUGUUACCUGGACUAUACAACCUCACACUCUGUUUCUUGUAAAGACACUAUUCCAUCCUCGAGGUUCUUCUAGCUUUGUUGCAUUUGUUCUGAUGAUGAUGCCAGCUUUAAUGAGAGCCUAUGAACUAUUCACCUUCCUCAACCAAUGAUUCCCCAGCAUAGUUGUUUACAGGGCCCUCAGUUGGCUCUGAUCCAUCUCCUGCACUUCAGCCCACAACCCCUCUCCUAACAUUCCACCAUCAUCCACAUACAGAUCAUUAGCCACCAUUUCUGCCAGCGAGAUGCUGCCGCUGCCACUGCCACUGCCACCACCACACACAAUCCCCUCCCUUUUGUCAGUCUUCUGCAGGGACCAUUCCCUCUGGGCCACCCUGGUCCACUCUUCUUUCACUCCCAACACCACCCCCCUCCCGAUUAAAAAGCUUCACAGCACCUUCUGCUGCAAGCGUACAAGGUACAACACCUGUCCUUUUACUUGCUCCCUCCUCUGCAUCCAAGGGCCCAAACAUACCUUCUAAAUGAAACGGUGCUUUACUGGCACUUCAUGCAAUCUUGUCUACUGCAUUCGGUGCUCACAAUGUUGUCUCCUCUACACUAACCUGUUUCCUGGCCAAGGUCACUGUCUCAGGCUUGCUGUAGUGCUCUAGCAAAGCUCAGCACAAAUUGGAAGAACAGUACCUCAUUUUCAACCUAGGACCUUGCAGCCUUCUGGAUUCAAUAUCAAGUUCAAUAACUUUAGGGUCUGAGCUCUCCCAGGUCCUUAUCCCAAUCCCCACACACCAGGCCUUGGUACCACCCAUUGUUAGCUAUUACCAGUUAUUCAUGCUCCCAGCCAGAUCGUUAUCUACUUUAUCUGUGUAACUGCUCUUCUGUCUCUUUGGACUCCAUCCCCACCUGCUGUUUGCUCCAUAAAGUUUUAUUCACAUUAAAAAAAAUUCUCUCAGGGCAUACCCAAGUGUUUUGUAGUCAAAUUAAUUUCCUUUCAAGCAUUUUUAUUUAUCAAAUGCAUAACUCACUCACAGAGUUUUAGUAUUCUGUAUAUACAUUACUAGCAGAUUGAGUGAGUUUCUAGGGUAAGCUUCAAUUCAAGAACUAGUACCCAGCAUGCAUCCUUCCCUGGUCCCUUUACUGGGGAAACAGUUUGGUUUACUUACAAGUUUGCCGAUAUAUUUGAUUAGCAGAAUACAUUUUUAAACAAAGUACUUUGUAAGAAAGGGCAUUUAAUGGAUAUAAAAAUAAUCACAAACCAUUCUAUAAUGAAAUGGUAAUUUGAAAAACUAGUUCUACUGUUCUAACCGUAAAAUGUAAUAGACAAAAUAAACAGUGCUUAAAUUUUCAAUCUCCAUUCUGAUUUGUAUUUCAUUAGCCUAUUUUAGUCAUGUUCAAAAUGUUUUCAAUGUUAAAUCAGUAGUUCAUUUUAAUAUCCAAGAAAGCUCAAUGUAUCUUUUAGAUCAGGUUAUGUGCACACAGGCCCAAAAAUCACCUCUGAAAGAAACUGCCCACUAAUCGUGUACAUAAUCGAAGCAACUUUACCACUUUACAGCCUGUGAGCAAUUAGGAAAGUGACACCGAUUUACCUGAAGUCCAGCUACAGAGAAAUGGCACAAAAACAGUAACAGUAGCAACCUAUGAUUAAUAAUACACAAAAAUAGCACAGUUCUGAGGAAGGGUCACUGGACCCAAAACAUCAACUGAUUUUCUUUACAGAUGCUGCCAGACGUGCUGAGCUUUUCCAGCAACUUCUGCUUUUGUUGAUGAUUUACAGCAUCUGCAGUUCUUUUGCUUUUUUAAAAAAAUGUACUUACUGUACAUUCAAAAAGCUGGCCUGGUAACCUGCAUUUAGAGGGAUAAUACAACAUUAGUGAGGCAAGGAACAGGGAGCGGGUACAGCUUAACACGUGGCUGCGCAGCUGGUGUAAGAGGGAGGGCUUCAGAUAUGUAGAUAAUUGGGAUGCCUUCUGGAGAAGGUGGGACCUGUACAAGAAGGACGGGUUGCAUCUGAACUGGAAGGGGACCAACGUCCUGGGUGGAAGGUUUGCUCGAGUAGUUUGAGGGUUUAAACUAGUAUGGCAGGGGGGUGGGAACCUGAGCUGUAUGCCGGAGGUGAGAGUUGAUGCAGGUGAGGCAAUAGCAAGAGGUAGACCAGCUAGUGGGAAGGAUUUUCCUGGGAAGGAACCAAGGGAUCAGUUAAAGUGUGUUUGCUUUAACGCAAGGAGUAACAGGAAUAAAAGUGAUGAACUUAGAGCAUGGAUCAGUACCUGGUGCUAUGAUGUUGUGGCCAUAACAGAGACAUGGGUUUCUCAGGGGCAAGAAUGGUUGGUGGAUGUUCCAGGGUG